AUGGUCUCCCCUCUCAAGUAUCUGGUGGCCUCAUCCCUGGUGGUAUCAUGUGUCAGUGCCCACGGCUGGCUGUCCAAGCCGGCCGCUACGUUUAGCAAUGAGGCUGGUGAUAAGUCGCAGUUCAUUGCGACUAUCGAGGCUUCAUCUUCAGGAUUUAAAGGCACCUUUAACACCGCGCCGGCGGACAACGUGGCAUCAUUCACCAAGGCUUUUGCGACCAGCACAUACAAGUCUCUUAAGGCGUUCAUCGAUGACAAGGCCAAGAUCACCGUGACUGGCGCGACACUGACAUGCGGCAAUGCCGAACCAGACGCUACGGCACAGCCACUACCUGAUAAGUUGGAGUGGUAUCACUCCGAAUCUGAAGGCUUUACGGCUUCGCACGAAGGUCCAUGUGAGGCCUGGUGCGACAGCGAGCGUGUGUUCCACGAUGAGAACUGCGCUGCCAACUUCAAGACUGCCCCAGCUGAAAUGCCGUACGAGAAGAGCAAGUGCUCGGGUGCCAGUACGCUUACCUUCUACUGGAUGGCCAUGCAUGGACCGACCUGGCAGGUGUAUGUCAACUGCGCCCCGCUCAGCGGCGGCUCGGGUGGUGGUGCUACAACCCAGUCGUCGGGUAGUUCGGCUACUACCACCGACUCGUCCUCUGCCCAAUCUCCAGCGGCGCAAACGCCAUCGUCUGGAGGGUCUCCGUCCUCCCCGUCGACUCCGACUACGGAUUCUUCAUCUGCUGAUACUCCGUCGGUCACUCCAGCUCCAGCAUCCGGUGGCUCGCCCUCGACGACACCUACAUCGGGUGGUUCUCCAUCGGUCACUCCAGCUCCCGCUUCGGGUGGGUCGCCGUCUACUUCAACAACAUCUGCUCCUUCAACGCCCACCACGGAUGAGUCGGACUGCGGUUCGUAUGAUGUUGCGGGCAGUGAUGAAGACUGUGGGUCUUACGACGUCGCUGGUGGAAGCGCUGACGAAGGCCAAGAUACGACGCAAACGAGCACCGGUGGUAACACUUACCAGCAGGGCUCAACGACCACUGGCGGUAACACGUACCAGCAGGGCUCGACGAACACCGGUGGUAACACAAACCAGGGGUCGAACACCGGCGGGAAUACCAAUCAGUGGUCGAAUACUGGUGGGAACACGAACCAAUGGUCGAAUACUGGUGGGAACACGAACCAAUGGUCGAACACUGGCGGGAACACGAACCAGUGGUCGAAUACGGGCACUGGGUCGCAGCAGAACCCGUACCAGGGAACAGGCGCAGGCUCGCAGAACAGCUUCGACUUCAACACUUUCCAGGGCACCACGAAUGCUGGCACAGUGGCGCCGCAGUACAUGUAGAUGUACUGGGUAUGAAAGACCGUCUUCUUUUGCGUAAGUGUAGUGUACAACAAUGGUCAGAGAACCAAACACCACGAUGCGGUAGAGUGAAAAUAUAUGUGUUGGUGUAAGCAUUA